AGCGGAACCUUCCACAUGGUCGGAAUUGAAUUGUUGACGCACAUUGGCCCGGUUAUGUCAGAGUGGAGCAGCAGGUGAGUGGCUUUGCUUUCCAUCAUGCUGCUUCUGCGAAGGCUUUGCCGCACUCCAGCAUCAUCAGUGCUGCUGGCCCCAGAGUGCUUGCUGUGCCGCAGGUUUCCUAUUAGCUCCCUUGCUCUACGCCGGGGCAUCAAGAGUCACAGACGCAGAAGCCAAGAGGAGGCUUGGAAGCAGCGCAAUAAAACGGUGCUCACAUACAUUGCUGCCGCCGGCGUUGGUAUGGUUGGAUUGUCGUACGCAGCUGUGCCACUGUACCGACUCUACUGCCAGGCAUCAGGCCUUGGUGGCACGGCAGUGGCCGGACAUGACUCUGAACUGGUGGCAACGAUGGAGCCGGUGAAGGAACGCGUCAUCAAAGUGGCGUUUAAUGCAGACACACAUGCAAGUAUGCAGUGGAACUUCAGACCACAGCAGAGUGAGAUCUACGUGGUCCCUGGUGAAACAGCUCUGGCGUUCUAUCGAGCCAAGAAUCCAACUGACCGAGCCAUCGUGGGUAUCUCCACCUACAACGUGGUUCCGUUUGAAGCGGGCCAGUACUUCAACAAGAUCCAGUGCUUCUGCUUUGAGGAGCAGCGUCUGAACCCUCACGAGGAAGUCGACAUGCCCGUCUUCUUCUACAUUGACCCGGACUUUGACUCAGACCCCCGUAUGGCCCGUGUAGACACCAUCGUUCUGUCUUACACUUUCUUUGAGUCCAAAGAGGGACAAAAGUUGCCCCUUCCCGGGUACAGCUGAUGUCAACACUUGCUGCUCAUCAUGUGUGAUUUAUAACUGUACAAAUGUUUGUAAAUAACACCAUUGAUGUAUCG